AUGGUCUUCCCUCUGGAUUCUUGGGCAUGGCGAUUCCUCGAAGACUACGUCUAUUAUCUCCCGCCACCUCCUCCCCGAAAGCGCCCGAAAGACAACCCUAUGCAAGUGAUCUGUGUCGGACCACCGCGCUCAGGAACAGAGUCUCUUCAACGGGCUCUCAUCAAACUUGGAUACGACUACACUUACCACGGCUGGGAUAUGAUGUUUGAAGAUCGCCACAACAUGCCUGGAUGGUGCCGACUUGCUCGGCGAAAGUUCCUAGCUACUGACGAAAAUGGAGACUGUGAAAUAACAGCCGAGGAAUUUGAUGCUCUGCUGGGCCACGCUGUCGCUGUCACCGAUGCGCCGGCCUCAGUCUUCGCAUCGGAAAUGAUCCGGGCGUAUCCCGAGGCCAAAGUGAUCCUGAAUAUCAGCAACGAUCUUGAUCGAUGGCAUCGAAGCGCCAUCAAGAAUAUCGUCGGAAUUAAUCGUAGUUGGAUGUUCUGGCUCAUGUCGUGGUGGUCGCCGGGCUUGUUUUGGGCGUGGCACAUGGCGGAGCGGUAUUUUUGGCCUGGACUCUUUAGGUGUAUGGGCUUCCCUGGGGCAAAUUUGGAGAUUGGCAUUGUGAGAAACGGGAAAUGGAUUUACAGGGAGCAUUGCAAUAUGAUUAGAGGAUUGGUGCCAAAAGAAAGGCUUUUGGAGUGGAAUGUACUGGACGGGUGGGAGCCACUGUGUCGGUUUCUGGGGAAGGACAUCCCCCAAAAUGAGCCGUUUCCGCAUGUCAAUGAUGCGGCUGGGUAUCAGAGUCGGGAGAAGCAGGCAAUAAGUCUCUGGUUUGGGCAAGGGUUCAAGAAUAUGGUGAAAGUGGCCGUUGUUCUUGCUGCUGUUACUCUGGCAUAUUGGAGAUGGGGGAUAUAA